UUUAAUAUUCUAUUCCUGUCAAAACUUGAAAAAAGUUUUAAUAUCUUAUUAUUAUGUCUUUAUAUUCAUGUUGUCCAUAAUACAAAUUUUCCCAUUUCCAAGUAUCUUAACGUAUUUUUUAAUUAUUUAUAAGCUCUCUAAAUUGGUCCCUGCCAUAUUCAUUCCAAAUGACUAAACUACUAAUAUACCGGCUCGAUGACACGGCUGAGAAGGACUGCAUAGUUUCCCUGUCUCAAGGUGAACACAUUAUAGGCAGAGGGAGUCUUUUACAGAUCAAUGACAAGAGAGUAUCAAGGAAACAUGCCUUAAUACAAGUAACUGGGCAAAACAUAACAUUAACAUCUACACAUGAAAACCCUUGCUUUUUUAAAGCUGACAAGGGUAAAGCACUCACUAUAAUAAGAAAAGACCAAAAAAACCCCAUUGAGGAUGGCGAUCAAUUUGCCUUGUUACCUGAUGACUUGUGGUUCAGGGUCCGGGUAGAAAACGAAAAAAAUGAGAAUGCUUUUUAUGGUAAAAGACUGUUGGAAGAUGUAGUCAGUAGUGACAUCAAUAGUAAAAAAACUAAAUUAAUGGAAACAGAAAUACAACAAACUGACCAUACAUCACCACAAGAAGAUGAUUGGAAUUUUCAGAUUUCUGAAUUUGAAGCCGACACUGCAUCAACAUCACUUAAAGAAGUAAAAACCUCUAGAAGUACUGAAGAAGUUACACUCAACACUGAAGAAGAACCCAUGAAAGUAAUAGAGUCACCUCCACCUGUAAUAGUUAAUAAUGAGGCAGAGCAAGUUAAAGAAGAUAAACCAGCCACUGAAAUCAAACAGGAGCCUGAAGAAGUUAUUGAAGAAAGGACAAUGGAAAUAAAGGAGGAACCACAGAGUCAAGAGACACCAGUUGUAGUAGAGGUAAAAGUUGAGCCAGCAGAUGUUUUAAAUAGAGAUGACACACCUCUGCAAAAUGUAAAUGCUGAGGAAAAUGCAACUUCAAGUGCUGAAAAUCCAGCUCAGACUGACAAUACUGAUGGGCCAAAGCCAAAGAUUUAUAGAGAUAGAUGUUGGUAUGGGGAUAGAUGUUUUAGACGGAACCCUAACCACCGACAGCAAUUUGCCCACCCUGGAGACCCAGAUUACCAGUCAGACCCGGAAGACGACCGUCCUAUGUGUCCGUACGGUGCCUCCUGCUACAGGGUGAACCCGGAACACCGCAGAGACUACAAGCACUUGGGAAAACCGGCGCCAAAACCUCCAGCAGGGCAGCCUGUGCCUCCAGGUCCGAUUCCCCCCAAAAAGAAAGAUACUCCCAAGAAGAAACGUGCCACCAAGAAACCAAAAAAACAGCAAUCCUUUGAUGGUGAGGACGAUUAUGAUUACGAUGAUCCCUUCCUCAACGAUGACUCCAGCGAUGAUUUCGAGCCGACUGACUCAGAGUCCGACUUGGAUGACUCGCACGACUCCAACGCAUGUACUGAGGAGUCCCAGGACCAGAGAAGAAUGUUGAAGGAAGCAAAGAAAUUUUUAAAGGCCGAUAAGACAGAUGAAGAUGAUUGAUGUUUAUUACAGAUUUAUAUACAAUUUGCUUGUAAAGUGAUUUAUAUUUUAUUAAUAAAUGCGCUAUUAAAAAUUU